AUGGCACCAUCCUACCCACAACGCAAAAUCGGCGAGGAUAACGUCUCCGCCCAAGGCCUCGGCUGCAUGGGCAUGUCCUUCGCAUACACUUCCUACGGCGGCUACGACGACGCCGAGUCCCUCAAAGUCCUCACCAAGGCGGCUGACUUGGGCAUCACCUUCUGGGAUACCUCAGAUAUAUACGGCCCGGCCACCAAUGAAAAAUUGUUGGGACACUGGUUCAAAGAGACUGGCCGUCGUAAGGAGAUCUUCCUUGCAACCAAGUUUGGAAACUUGAGAGGACCAGAUGGUUCACCCACAGUGAGAGGAGACCGCGAGUGGGUCCACCAGGCGUGCAAGGAGAGUUUGGAGAGGCUGGGUGUUGAUCAGGUGGAUCUGUACUAUCAGCAUCGUGUUGAUGGGAAAGUUCCCAUCGAAGAGACUGUCAAAGCGAUGGUGGAGUUGAAAGAUCAAGGAAAGAUUCGAUACUUGGGCUUGUCUGAAUGCUCUGCGGCGACGCUGAGGAGAGCUCACAAAGUGCACCCAAUUGCCGCCGCGCAGAUGGAGUUCUCGCCUUUCGCGCUCGAGAUUGAGUCGGAUCAGACGGAGUUUCUAAAGACAGCGAGGGAGUUGGGUGUCAAGAUUGUAGCAUACUCGCCAUUGGGCAGAGGGUUCCUGACUGGAACGAUGAAGAGCAGGGAUGACUUGGAUGAGGGGGACAACCGGAGGAACCAUCCGAGAUUCUCAGAGGAGAACUUUGGUAGCAACCUCAAGUUGGUGGAGAAACUGACCGAGCUGGCGAAGAGGAAAGGAUGCACGACUGGGCAGUUGUGCAUUGCCUGGGUCCUGGCUCAAGGCGACGAUUUCAUCCCAAUCCCCGGCACCAAACGGGUCAAGUAUCUCGAGGAGAACGCCGCGGCGGUUGACGUGAAGCUGAGCAAAGAGGAGGAGCAAGAGUUCAGGAAGGCAGUCGAGAGCGUGGGCGGCAGUAAGGGUGCCAGAUACCCGGCUGCGAUGAUGGCCCGGUGCUUCGGCGACUCUCCAGAGGUUUCGGUCGCCGCAUAA